AUGGAUACAACAGGCGAAGAGGACCCCGAGUCCGAAUCCAUGGCGGGUACUGCAGCAACCCAAGAAGAAGCCCUUCAACUCAAAGAGGCGAUCGAGUCACGCCAGCAGCAGCGCCGCAUUGACCGUGACCUGAACAUCAACGCCGAAGAGCACCGGCCCAAUCGGGACUUUUUCCGUCAGCUUGACUCGACCGUCAAAAAAACCACAGGCUUCGUCAAGAAACUCAAGACCACCAUGAACGAGGGCUCUCAAGCUCAGCUUCUGGCCGACUUUGACAAGCUCAACCUUUCGCGAUAUCUUGAGGAGGUAACGGCUUCGCUGGCGGUGGCUGGCCAGAUCAAGAAUGCCAGCCUCGGCGUGACCGUGGCGUUGGCCGUGCAGCUUCACCGUCGCUACGAAGAGUUUGCCGAUGGGUUUCGCCAGGCACUGGUGGCAAUCCUUGCUACCACGCCGGACAAGGCUGAUAAGGAGGCAUUGGCCCACUUUCGUUUCACGUUUCGGCUUUUUGCCGAGAUGGUGCUCAUUGGCGUUUUCAAUGAAGACAACGAAGGCAAAGAGCUCUGCAAGCGCAUCGCCAACUAUUUGAAGAAGGACAAAGAGUUUGAUCUGCUCGCAUUAUCCGUGCACUUGGUUGAACAUUUAGCUCUGGAUCUCGCAGCUCAGCUGCCCCGCGAGCAGUUGGGGAUAUUGCACAAGUUUGAACUCGAGGCCACACUUGACACGCCCUUUCCGGACCUUGCUCCAAAUAUGAAGGCGCUCCUUGUGCGAUGGUACAGUAAAGUUGCGGAGCGCCUCGUACGCGAGAAAAAAGCCUUGGACAAGCGCCUACGACAAGAUCAAAAUCAGGUUGAAAUCAAGGGCGAGCUUUCCUCAGAACGCUCGGAGGGGACUAGGGCUAUGCAAAGCGCCUACACCGAACUAUUGCAGUAUACCAAAGUGCUGGCCAACGUCCUUGACCAGGACAUGCCUGAUUUACCUGUGGCGCCGGCUGAAGAUGAGCUGAUGUCAGGCGUUGUCGUGGACACGUCCAACCCUUUCAAGAACCUCAACCCGGAGGAUGCAGCAUCAAGCCUGUGGGUAGAUGUUGAGGAGCAAGAGUUUUACGAGCAUCUCCCCGACCUACAGGCUCGCCUUCCAGAGGUGCUCUUUGCCUCGAGCAAGAAGCAACGCCGCAAACUGCGGAAGAAGGCCGAAGAGGAGGCUGGCGCACAAGAUGAGGGCGCGAGCGAGGGCGAGCAGGAAGGUGAAUCGCCGGGAGAUGGUCCCGAAGGCGAGGUUGAGGAUGAUGGCGAGGAAGAGGUCGAUGAGGAGGCCGAGCUCAGGGAGGACGCCAAUUUGGAUGAGUAUGACGUGGACCAGAAGGCACCACUCACAGCCGGCCCGCCAGAGGGGGGGACAGCAAACGAUAAGAUUGUGGCUUUUCUUGAGCAGUUGCCGAAUAGCAUGACGACAGAUGCCGUGGACCGUCUGGCGGAAGAGUUUUGCUACUUGAACGAUAGCGGCGCCCGGCGGCGCCUUGCUGAGGCGUUAUUCAUGGUUAAUCGCAAUCGCGUCGAUCUACUACGCUACUACGCUCGCCUUGUGGCUACACUCUAUCCAGGCAUUCCUGAGGUGGGCACCGAGCUGAUCAAAAGCCUCAACGGUGAAUUUCGUUUUCUCUACUUUAAGCAUCCGGCCGAUCGCAUCGAGAGCAAGGUCAAAAACAUGCGAUACAUUGGCGAGCUGAUCAAAUUUCGCGUGUUUCCGAUCAACGAUGUGAUGCGCAUCAUGCGGGUGUGUGUGUGUGUGUGUGUGUGUGUGUGUGUGUGUGUGUGUGUGUGUGUGUGUGUGUGUGUGUGUGUGUGUGUCUGUGUGUGUGUCUGUGUCUGUGUCUGUGCCUGUGUCUGUGUCUGUGUCUGUGUCUGUGUCUGUGUGUCUGUGUCUGUGUCUGUGUCUGUGUCUGUGUCUGUGUCUAUGUCUGUGUCUCUGUCUCUGUCUCUGUCUCUGUCUCUGUCUCUGUCUCUGUCUCUGUCUCUGUCUCUGUCUCUGUCUCUGUCUCUGUCUGUGUCUAUGUCUCUGUCUCUGUCUCGUCUCUGUCUCUGUCUCUGUCUCUGUCUCUGUCUCUGUCUCUGUCUCUGUGUCUGUGUGUCUAUGCUGCUCAACAAAUUCACCGGACAAAAUGUGGAAAUGCUCACCAACUUACUGGACACGUGUGGCCGAUUUCUCUAUCGCUCUCCCGAGACGCAUGUGCGCACCAAGGCGCUCUUGGCCACCAUGAUGAAGAAAAAGGUGGCUUUGCACGAUGAACGCUACCUGACGAUGAUCGCCAAUGCGUACUACUAUUGCAACCCACCAGAGCGUGCCCUCAUCGAAGUUAAAGUUCGACCUCCACUUCACGACUAUUUGCGCAAAUUGUUGUACAAGGAUCUCAAACCAAAGGCCGAUGUCGUCAAAUCGUUGCUGCCCAAGCUUCGCAAACUUCCCUGGUCGGAUCCAGUCUUUUUCCAGUACGGCCUCAAGUGCUUUGUGCGCGCAUGGCUGCUCAAGUUUGACGAGAUCAUGGCGUUGGCCUCGUUGCUGUCUGGACUUCGUGAUCACGUGCCUCAGCUGUCGUAUGCCGUUGUUGACGCUGUUUUGGAGGAAAUUCGCUUGGGCAUGGAGAUCAAUACGCCAGACAUCAACCAGCGUCGGGUAGCCACCGUCAAGUUUCUGAGCGAGCUCUUCAAUUUCACGCUUGUGGACAGUGGUGUCAUCCUGAACACACUGUAUUCUCUCAUUUCCUUUGCCGCCCACGACCCAUUCCUCGAUCCACCCCACAACGCAUUUCGCAUCAAGCUUGUCUGCGUUCUUCUUGAUACAUGUGGGAGCUUCUUUGCGAAGAGCCAGGAGAAGCGUCGGUUGGACAACUUUCUACUCUACUUCCAGCGAUACGUCCUGCGCAAGCCCCAGCCGUUGCCAAUGGGCAUUAAGUUUACCUUGCAAGACACGUUGGAAGCCCUACGAAAGUGCAGUGGUGCUCCCGAGCUGCAUCUCGUCCGUCCCCUUACGCCAAGCCCAUUGUUUGCUACUGGUCAACACAGUCCGAAAAUGGUCCCCAUCAGCACGCUCGAAGAGGCUGAGGCUGCAAUUGCAGAGUUGGAGGCCGAGAACCUUCGCAAGCUUGAAAAGAAGGGCUUUGACAUCAAAGCUCUACAGCAGAGCCAGAGGGCUGCUCUGGCCGAUGCCAAUGCCGGUGAAGACAGCGACUCCGAUGACGAAGAUGACGAUGAUGACGACGAUGAUGAGGGUGUGUCAUGGUCUCUCUCUUCUUCUCGCAAUGCAAGCCACUGCUAUUCGACCUCUUCUAUCAUGCAAAUGUCGGCCAGCGAUCAAUUCACGGCGCAUGCCUUAUGGUUCUUGCUUGCAUGGGCGGAUGAACACCGCGAUACACACAUAGAAGUUGACGCGGGUUCGACAGACGCCGUGGCGAACAGUGAAGCGGUCGAUGACGAUGACGACAAUCAUGUGGUGCUCAAGGAAGCAAAGCCACACGAGCCCGAGCCAGAGGAUGAAGAUUUCGUCAAGGAGUUCAAUCGCAUGAUGACGGACUUGGGCAAGAAGAGCAAUCAGCCAGCCAAGGCUUUGGACGUGGCCAUUCCAGCACAGCUCAAGGGACAAGCGCCUCGCGAGGUUCACGGAGAUGGUGGUAGUCAGUCCAAGCUUGUGUUUACGUUGCUGACCAAAAAGCGCCAGCAGGAAAUCUUGGUGCCUGCGGCAACGGGCAUGGCCGAAAGCAUGAUCCAACGUCAACGUGAGGAAGCAGCCGAGCGUCAACGAAACAAGCGCCUGGUCAUGGAGUUUGAUCAGCGUGCCAAGGCAGAGGAAGAGGAGGAAGAACUUCGUGGUGUUGUCCACCCUAUCCUCCGCGAGCAAGCAGUUGUGCCCCGAAGCAAUGCACGCGACACGUCGCGCAACAAUCGACGCCAACGCAAGGGAUAUAUUGGUCCUGGUGCCCGUGCACAGCAGCGUGCAACCAUGGAUGAGGACGAGGACGAGGGAGAGGAGCGAUGGACUGGCCAACCUGUAUUUCCAACGUGA